AUGAAAAUAACGCUCGAGCGCAUGAUAUGUCGAGUUAAUACAUUCAACGUAUAUCAGACAGGCACGGACAAUAUUUGGAAAUCUCAACGAUUCAGUUUAGUUUGUGAAUAUUUAAGUCGUCCAUCAUUACCACCACCACUAAUAUUUCUUUCACAUUUAUGGAGACUAUUUCUCUUCACUGCAGUACAAUUUUCCAGAACACCAGCGUGUUUAAAAAGAAGUUAUAAAGAUCAUUUACAACGAGCACGAUUUAGUACAAAAACUAAAUUAGAUACAACACUAGAUCGUUUAACAUUACUGGACGAUAAAAUACGAACAUUAGAAACAAAACAAGGAACAGUUAUAGAUUAUUUAGAACAUAUUAUGAAUGGUAUCAGAUCAAUUGGUGGUGAUGUUGGCAAUAUUCCAUCGAGACAAGCAUCAGUGACAGAUUUGUCUGCGAGAAAAGCAUCAGUGACAGAUUUGUCUGCUAGUCAAGAAACUUUAUAG